AUGGAAAAGCUAUUAGAUUUUCUGGAGCGAAAAACUUUCAGCAAAAUUCCCUAUGUGGUAGCGGUUAUUUGGAUCCUGAUUGGUGUCAUCUUCCUUGGUAUAUUCGCCGACAUGGAAUACAACGAACCCAGGUUUGAUUUCAACUGUGCCGGAGCGAAAAGUGAAAACAUCAAAGCCGUCCAGGGAGAAUGUUACGAGAAAUACGCGAAGCAAUACAACAAAUUCGGUUUUCCUGUUUAUGGCUUCGUAAUCACGAAUUUCGUCCUUAUUAUAUCUGUAUGUGUUAUUUACUCCCUAAUAGUAAGACCUACAGUCAGUCGACUGUCGCUAAGCAUUCGUGAUGGUGAUUCAGAGGGACAGUCGCGCGACCAAGAGAACGCAUUAUCAACGGGAUACAAGCUUUUUAUCGCUUACUGCUGUCAACUAUUCACAAGACUUAUUUUAGGAGUUCUUUUCAUCAUCCUACAAACUCAGUUGGUUUAUCCUUUAAAGUUUUCCUCCAAGUUUCACUGUAAUUUAACCGAUGGAACCACUCAGCCAAGGAAUUCAACCGACAACGCCCAACACUCUACUUUAUACGAUUGUCACAAUCAACGAGCGGCAAAGAGAACCUCCUGGAUGGACGCUGUUCUUGUUGCGAAUGGAAUUCUUGUCGCUACCAUUCUGGUUGAAACCGUUUACCUUUUUUCACGGGCAUGUAUUGAAAGGAGUUUCAUGCAAGACUCAAUGUUUCUAAAAACCCACUUAAGUCCAACACCUAGAUGGAAGAAACGAAACUAUUCCACGCACUGAAAGAGAAACUGAACAACUCCAAGAAAGAACCCAUCUAAGUCUCAACUCACACCUAGAUGGAAGGAACGAAACUAUUCCACUCACUGAAAGACACACUGAACAACUCCAAGAAAGAACCCAUCUAAGUCUCAGCCAACACCUAGAUGGAAGGAACGAAACUAUUCCACUCACUGAAAGACACACUGAACAACUCCAAGAAAGAACCCAUCUAAGUCUCAGCCAACACCUAGAUGGAAGGAACGAAACUAUUCCACUCAUUGAAAGACACACUGAACAACUCCAAGAAAGAACCCAUCUAAGUCUCAGCCAACACCUAGAUGGAAGGAACGAAACUAUUCCACUCACUGAAAGACACACUGAACAACUCCAAGAAAGAACCCAUCUAAGUCUCAGCCAACACCUAGAUGGAAGGAACGAAACUAUUCCACUCAUUGAAAGACACACUGAACAACUCCAAGAAAGAACCCAUCUAAGUCUCAGCCAACACCUAGAUGGAAGGAACGAAACUAUUCCACUCACUGAAAGACACACUGAACAACUCCAAGAAAGAACCUAUCUAAGUCUCAGCCAACACCUAGAUGGAAGGAACGAAACUAUUCCACUCACUGAAAGACACACUGAACAACUCCAAGAACGAAAGUUUCAAGAUUUCAUUAGACGCAAAAAGGAAAUAAUUAUUCGAGAGACCCAAGGACUUUUAGAACUCCAAUCACCUUUUUUAGGUAAUCCAGGCGAAAACACAACAGUUAAACAUUUGACUUUGGAUCAAAUUUACACAAAUCUUGUUGUGAUUCCGAACAGAGCUACGUAUCACUUUACUGAAAACAGAGAGGAACAGCUCAAAAUUUAUCCAAGGUCGCGCGGGGAAAAAUCACAACCGAAAAGCUUGGAAGGCCUCCUAAAUGUUGAAAAUAAGAAAGUGUUAAUCGUCGGUCGAGCCGGAAUCGGCAAGACAUUAUGUUGUACCAAACUUGUCAGAGACUGGGCAUUAAAUAAAGUUUUCCAAGCGACAGCUGGAGGCAAAAUCCAUUUUGAUGCCGCUUUCCUCGUGAAAUUCAGAAGAUUCAAAUCGGCAAACGACCUUAGCCUCAAGGAACUGUUAAUUCAGUCCGAGUAUUUCCCAACAGAUCAGCUAGAUGACGAGGUCUGGAAUCACCUACUCGAGAACCCUAAAGGUGUACUCAUACUUUUUGACGGAUUCGACGAAUUUAAACAUGACGAAAACGUGGUUGGGGCGCCUCUUUAUCCCAGAAGCAAUGAAGAGAAAAAGCCGCUCCAAAUCCUUUAUCAGUGGCUUGUGACCGGGAAACUCCUAAAGGAUGCCUCAAUUGUGACCACCACGAGACCUACGGCUUUGUCGAGCAUCAAACACCUUCCGUUUCACAAAAUUUACGAGGUUCUAGGAUUCUCAUCGGAACAAGUUGAAGAAUAUGUCUACAAAUUGGCCGGAGAUGAAAAGGCAGUGGGCGAAACACUAUGGCGACACAUCAGUAGCAACUUGAAUUUGCUCUCGCUAUGUUAUGUCCCGGUCAACAGCUUUAUCAUCUGCACAAGUCUGUUAGAAAUCAUGCGAAAACAAGAGUCCGAAAGUUCCGCUGACGUUACCCUCCCUUCCAAAUUAACAUUGAUAUACAAUAUUGCAGUGAAAGUGUUUUAUUUUAAACAUACAAUAGAAUUGUGCAAUAUUUUGUUUCCUCUCGAACAUGAUUUGCCCGAAGAUGAACUGGAGAAUUUCAAGAUACUAGGAAAAGUAGCCUUUAACGGAAUCAAAGAAGGAAAACUGAUCCUUGGAGGAAACGAGAUACAAGGAAUGGGAAACAGCGCUCUUUUUCAUCGCUUACCCGACCGUAAAACUGACACGCUUAAUCUUGAACCACAAUUCUGUUUCAUUCAUCUGACAAUGCAAGAGUUUUUCGCCGCGAGACACCUGGCAAAUAUGAGUGAAACAGAAUUAAAAAACUUUGUUUCCGAGAACAUCAAGGACGGCAGAUGGCAGCUGGUUUUUCAGUUUCUAGCAGGAUUAAUGGAAAAUAAAACUGACCUACCAAGCGAAAUUAUCACGGACCUUCUUCCUGUGAAAACUGAAGAAGACAAAAGCGCAGACUACAACGAACAGUGGACAAAGAAUGAAAAGAAAAGAAAAGUAACCUGCUGGCCGACUGAAGACGAACGAGAAUUAGCAGUAACAUUAAUUAAAUGUUUAAACGAAAAUAGCAGAAUGAAGUCAGAAGCACAGAGAAAACUUCAACAAAUGAACUUUAAUUUUGUAAAUUUUACAAGUUGUCACCUCACAGCUGUUGAUUGCUCUUCGUUAGUAAAUGUAAUUAAUGUUCAACAAAUUUCACAUUUAGAUUUGAGUGACAAUAACAUUGGUCCAUUAGGUUGUUUUGAAAUUUGCAAAUUGUUAAAAUGUAGGGAAUCUCAACUGAGCUGGUUAAACCUCAGAGGAAAUCAAUUGACAGAUGAAGCAGCAAAGUAUUUAGCUGAAGCCAUCAACAACAACAACUGUCAGCUACACACGUUAAACCUCUCAGACAAUAACAUCUCAUACAUUGGAGCACGGCACUUGGCUUACGCCAUCAACAACAACAACUGUCAGCUACACACGUUAAACCUCUCAGACAAUAACAUCUCACACAUUGGAGCACAGCACUUGGCUGACGCCAUCAACAACAACAACUGUAAGUUACACACGUUAAACCUCACAAGAAAUAACAUCUCACACAUUGGAGCACAGCACUUGGCUGAAGCCAUCAACAACAACAACUGUCAGCUACACACGUUAGACCUCAGAGCAAAUAACAUCUCACACAUUGGAGCACAGCACUUGGCUUACGCCAUCAACAGCAACAACUGUCAGCUACACACGUUACACCUCACAUACAAUAACAUCUCAGACAUUGGAGCACAGCACUUGGCUGAAGCCAUCAACAACAACAACUGUCAGCUACACACGUUAGACCUCAGAGCAAAUAACAUCUCAUACAUUGGAGCACAGCACUUGGCUGAAGCCAUCAACAGCAACAACUGUCAGCUACACACGUUAAACCUCUCACUAAAUAACAUCUCAGACAUUGGAGCACAACACUUGGCUGACGCCAUCAACAGCAACAACUGUCAGCUACACACGUUACACCUCUCAGACAAUAACAUCUCAGACAUUGGAGCACAGCACUUGGCUGAAGCCAUCAACAACAACAACAACAGUCAGCUACACACGUUAAAACUCUUACUCAAUACAAACAUCACAGAAGCAGGUAAGCAAAAGGCACGUAAUUUACUACGCAAUAGUCAGUCUAAAUGUGAGCUAAUUCUUUAG